CCAGCUAUAAGCACUAGGAACAACGUCAAUUCCCCACAAGAGUCCCUCACAAAAUGAUAGAACAGCGUCCGUACCGCGCACGCGCAGGACGAACCAUCCCGGACGGGCAGCCACAAAUGCGGGACACACAGAUCUCUGAGCCAGUCAGCCACCAACGGGAACACACUCACUCGACUGGUCCCCCAUCGUCACGCCCACUGACGCCCACUGACAAAUACACACACAUUCCAUCCCUCCCUCCCUCCCUGACUAGCAGCGGCUUCACCCAGAUGGGCAGACCUACGACGCGGCCUCCCGCGAGAGCUUGAUCUCGUCCACUCUCACCACCCUCUUCUCCCUCAUCGAAAUGUCGGCCGCCAGCGCCACUCGCAGGGCCGUGAGGGCAUCGGCACCGCUCACCAGGGGGGCGCUGCGGGUCAUCACAGCAUCCAGGAACGACUCGGCCUGCCGGAGCAUCGACUCAGGGAAACGCUGACAGAUCGACAGGGCGUAUUACAGCAUGCACAGGCAUAUGAUGAGCUAUGGCGGUGGGCUGCUGUCCUGUCUUCUGUUGUGCGUACCUCUCUGAACCAGUAGUGUGGUUUGUCGGUCAGCGUGCCCUCGCUCUUGACGCUCUCGACUCGUGUGGGCGUCUCGUUGAGUGCGCGCAGCAUGCCCUUCCUACCGAAGACUUCCAUGCGCAUGUCGUAGCCAUACACCGCCUCCCUACUGUUGUCAAUCGAGCACAGCGCCCCGUUCUCCAGCCACAGCGUCACCACACACGUGUCAAUAUCACCGGCCUGCCCGAUGGCCUCAUCCACACGGACCGCCCCGGCGGCACACACCGCCUCGAUCUCGCUGCCGGCCACGUAGCGGCACAUAUCAAAGUCAUGAGCCGUCAUGUCGUGGAACAGACCGCCCGAUGACUUGAUCCAGUCGAUAGAAGGGGGCGGCUCCGGGUCUCGCGACGUGAUCCGCAUGAUGUCCACUGUCCCGAUCUCCCCCGACCGGUACCGCUCCCUCACGUUGGCGAAUGAGGGGUCGAAUCGCCGGUUGAAGCCCACCUGCAGAAGGACGCCAGCCGAGCGAGCCACUUGCAAGGCCUCCUCGGCGCCCUCGAGGGUCAUGUCGAUGGGCUUCUCGCAGAAGAUGUCCUUGCCUUCGCGGGCGGCCUCCUUGAGUAGGGGGCCGUGGGUAUCGGUGGUGGUGCAGAUGUAGACAGCUUUGACCUCAGGGUCAGCAAUGACGUCCUUGUAGUUGCUGCUGAGCUUAUGAAUGCCGAGCUCCUCCAGCCACUCACGGUGCCUCUCGAUGAAUGGGUCGGCCACGUGGAUGACUUGGCAUUUGUCACGCAGCCGGCAGAGGCUGUUGAGGUGCAGUCUGCCGACUCUCCCAGUGCCCAGCAGGCCCAAACCCACACGCUGCUUCUCAGGCGGCAUGCUGAGAGGAAACCAAUCCGAGAAAACAGAAAGGACUGCAAACAAACAGGCACGAUGCGGGCACGACGGACUCGAAGGCUUUUGAGGAAAAUGGCAC